CGUGAUCGUACAAGAGCUUAUAAGACCACUUAUAAAGUCAUUACAAGCGGUACUAAGUCUGCUAUAACCUGAUAAGUUAUCGACGACCAUAGCAGUUUCCCCCGGUUUUGCUGAUGUGACGGUGGCUUUGUGCCACUGGCUACCACUGGCACUGUAGUGAAAGUCUCUCAACUUGAACAUCGAACUGAGCGAACUAGUUGAUAAGUGUCUUGGAGCUCUCAUCGUCGCGCUGACCACUAGACCAAAUGAUACAGAACCUUAGACUGAGGGCCCUUGGAAUGUCUUCACUACCCCCGGAACUUUGGCAAGAGGUGUUCACUUGGAUUCCUCAAGAUACGGCGCGUACAUGCUUGUCUGUCUCAAAGUAUUUCCACGGGCUUGCCCUCCGCGUCGUCUUCCGCAAUAUCACAAUCUUCUUCGGUGCAUGGGAGUCCGCACAGGCGAAAGAGGAGGUGUACCAGGCAGAUAAACGCGAAUACGACGUUCUGGAGGACAAGAGAUCGUCCAUGUCGUCCGCGAUCCUUCAUCGGAUAUCUCAUGACCCGUCUUUCGCUGCUAUCGUACGGGCCGUCGAUGUUCACGCGUACAAGCGUGAUGGCGCCAGAGGCGCGUUCGAACGAGGAUGUCUGAUUGAAGCGAUCCAUUGUUUGCACAACCUACGCUCUUUCGCUUGGCAUGGUGUGGCGCCAAGUCCGACGCCCGAAGUCAUCGAGGCCCUCGCAUCAACAUGUACAUUGCUGCGCCACUUUUCCGCACCACUUCGCACGCUGCCUAAACUCCCGCUGGAGAAACUGCAGACGCUGUGGUCCAUAAGCUACACGUGGAAAUGGUUCUACGACACCACCCGCGGUCAGCGCUCACGGCUUCCUGACGAACACCGCGACCUCAAGGUCCAUUGCGAGCGACUGAGGGAACUGCAGAUGCCCUAUACGUCGCCUUCCCACAUCCCCUUCGAUCAGCUCCCGAUGCUGACGCAUCUCGAGUUACUGUCAAUCCAGACACUCGAUAAGCUGGGACCUCUCCUCCGCAAGGUUCCCCGGCUGGAGUCGCUCUCGAUAUUCUGUACUAAACGCCAGCACGACGUCCUGUUUGACGCCCUUGGCUUCCUGAAGUCCAACCUCUUGAACCUUCACUCGCUCUGCCUGCUGUCGCGCCAGGAGGGCGCACUCGAGAGUGAACACGCGCAGAUACUGGCGGACUUCCUUCAGGGCCGGAAGUGCCUGCGACGGUUCCGCUCGACAUUCAAGUUCCGCGAAGGCACCCACUUAUCUUUCCUAGGCGCCAUAGCUAGCCUGCGGAGCCUCGAUACGCUGCAUUGGGACGUGCUCGCGGAGGAUCUCGACCAGGACUUUGUUCGCAUGCUUCUGCAGCACCUUCCCCCUGAUAUGCUCGCUUUGAGCAUCGCCACAUACGGUGGCCUCAAGAGUGUGGAUGCGCUCGUCGACCUGUGGGCGCAUUGCCCAGACCUGCGCUUCCUCUAUGUGCGCACCUGGGGAUCCGCAGACGAGCCCGCGGAACGGCUGCUGCGCGGCGCGAAGCGCCUGCAGGUCGUUGGGUACAACGGCAAGUUUCACGACGUCGACCUACAAGACGGCCAGGUCCGCCUCUCGCCCGCGUGGUCCGCGCGCAGGGUCGCGUUCCGGUGCCCGAGCGACUUCGGCCCUGGCUGCGAGAGCGCCGAGUGGCUCAUGCGUGGUCUGCGGAUCAGGAGUGAGGUCGAGGAGGAAGGCCAGCCGUGAUCGAGGAGCUGAGACGUGCUCUGGAACGAGAGGAUCGCAGGUUGUAACUUGUAAGAAUGCUGUUGCGAUGAAGUUCGAACACCUUUAAGGGGACGAGUGACUCACCGAGCGCACUGGCCGUGCAACCGUAUUCCAAAUAACUUACAGAGCGUACGAUCGAGUCACUGCGGACCUGCGAUGACAAUGAGUUUUGAGUCGAGUUUAUGUACUACUGUGGCAUCGAUUAAUGCAUUUACUGCUUGUUACCGUGA